CCCAUUCAAGGAACUGUAAGGACCAACCCUCCACUUUCAUCACUGCCUGGGGCCCAGCCCUACACUGACAGGGGUGAGCAUCAAGCCUGCAGGCCAGACAUCAGGGAACCAGCUGGGCCCUGAAGUCAAGAAAGGGUCCAUUUAUGGAGUCCUGUGAGUGCACAGAGCAGAGCUGCAGUCUUCCCCAACAGAACACAGGAGCCACAAUUCCCAUUCUCUCAACCCCUUCAAAGCAGACAAAGGGGGAAAAAAAAUCACGCUAAGGUUGUGCAAGUGCCUACAUGACCAGCCAAAUUUAGGAGAUCUCCGUGGAAGAGAGCUGAAAUCAGAUUCUCACAGUACUGUCAUCGGUUGCACUCAAGCUGAAUUCCAGAAGCAGAUGCUAUACUUCUGAAGCAGAAGCCAGAGACACUGUUGGCAGAGUUGGACAGGAGUGGGCCACCGCCUGCCCCCGGGGCCCCCAGACGAAGAGGCAGCAUGCCUGUGCCCUACAAGCACCAGCUACGGCGGGCCCAGGCUGUAGAUGAACUUGACUGGCCACCUCAAGCCUCAUCCUCUGGGUCUUCUGAUUCCUUGGGCUCAGGAGAGACAGCCCCUGCCCAAAAGGAUGGCAUCUUUAAGGUCAUGCUCGUGGGGGAGAGUGGCGUGGGCAAGAGCACUCUAGCAGGCACAUUUGGAGGUCUCCAGGGAGACAGUGCUCAUGAGAUGGAGAAUUCAGAAGACACCUAUGAGCGACGUAUCAUGGUGGACAAAGAAGAAGUGACUUUAAUUGUCUAUGACAUCUGGGAACAGGGGGAUGCAGGUGGGUGGCUGCAGGACCACUGCCUUCAGACGGGGGAUGCCUUUCUCAUCGUCUUCUCAGUCACGGAUCGAAGAAGCUUCUCCAAAGUUCCAGAGACCCUUCUUCGGCUCCGGGCUGGGAGACCCCACCACGACCUACCUGUCAUCCUUGUCGGAAACAAGAGUGACCUGGCCCGCUCCCGGGAGGUAUCACUGGAGGAGGGCCGCCACCUGGCUGGAACGCUGAGCUGCAAGCACAUCGAGACGUCGGCCGCGCUGCACCACAACACUCGGGAGCUCUUCGAGGGCGCAGUGCGCCAGAUCCGGCUGCGGCGGCUCCGGGGCCGCGCGGGAGGCCAGCGGCCAGAGCUAGGCAGCCCCGACGGCCCCGCGCCGCCCGCGCGCCGCGAGAGCCUCACCAAGAAGGCCAAGCGCUUCCUCGCCAACCUGGUGCCGCGCAACGCCAAGUUCUUCAAGCAGCGCUCCAGGUCGUGCCACGACCUCUCAGUGCUCUGAGCGGCUGUCGCCAAGGCCACUGCCGUCUCCAUGGCCACCGCGCCCUCCGCUCGCCCCCUAGUCUAGGAAACCAAAAAUGCGCAGGACGCCCAGGUGCGAGCGAGAGGAGGGCUCGCCGGCCACCGCACCCACGCCUGGGCACCUCGCCCCCCACUGCGCUCGAGGCGUGGACGCCACCUCGGGGGCCCAUGGCAGCGUCGGGAAAGAAAUCAGCCCUGCAAGGUUUUGUUUUGUUUCGUUUAAUUAGCUCGCGCUUGACCGCCUCUCCUGUAAAGAGACUCUAAAAAGUAGAACUGGAAAAGUGCUUUGUAAACUCCUGGAUGGAGUUGACAUCCUUGGUACUCUGAACAUGCCUCACUUUUAAGAAAGUUCAAAGGAAAAAACCCAGAGAGACUCUUCCAGAGAUUUCUGAUAAUGUUUUCUUAUUUGCUGCCCUUAAGAAGUUGUUAAAGGCAAGGAUCUAGAAGUGCUAUUCCUGAGAUUAGACUGUGAUUUACCAUUCCAUGUGGCACUUGCCCUUUAAGGUUAUUGAAGUUAAGGUAUGGGCAGAUUUUCUGCCCUAAGGCAGAGCUGAGUGGUAGCGACCCCUUUAGCCCAGGGCCCAGGAAGUGCCAGCAAAGGGUCACCCCUUUCCUUUACAAUAAAGACUUUUUCUA